UGCAAAAAGUUCAAGACAUCUCCACAAAGCAAUUUAACAAUUUACUUUAUUCAUAAUAGAGAUAAGCUAUUAAAUCCUUGUACACAGAAUUAAGAAUACUUCGAUAUUGUUUUAUGACGACUGCGUCUAAUUUAGUUAUUAAAGCGCAAAAUAAUUUCGUGAAUAUGUUCGUCGAUCAAAAUUUUUCAAAAUUCGAAAUGGCGUUGAAACGUACAUACUUUGACUUCAAAUGAUACGACAUAGAAUAAUUUUAUAUCGUUAAUUGUACGGUACAAGGACGUUGUGAACCGAGGCAAUCUGUGAAUAAUUUAGAAAAAAUAAGACACAUCAUCAAACUGGCACAAACCAUCGUCAGCUUCUAGAGACUGAUAUGCUACUAUAAAGAUAAAAAGCAAAGUUACGUGGAACCAUUAGCCAUCAUGGAGAACAUGGGUUUUCGUGGUACUUCAAAUUCUAAUUCUCAAAAGAUCUUAUCACGUUCUGUAAGUAUGCACAAUGCUGAGGAGGCGGAAAGUUUUCCGCUUUACAGAACGCCCAUCUACACGGGACGGUCCCGUUGGAAACACGACCAUCACAAAAACAACGUGGAAGAUGUUCUGGAAGAAGAGUUUGCUUCCAAUGACUUUGAAUAUAUGGAAUGUGGUCCAUCGCCUCCUUCAGACCAUGCCCCAAAUUUGUACGAAAGUUUUGAAGAAUUCGCCACGACCGAACUGACCGUCCAAAUAUGUUACGAAACCAUUCGACUUAAUCUUCUAGAUCACUUAAAAACUUCGUCAGGACGAACCCAUUAUUUCGACGAUAUCGAAAAUAAAAAAGUCAUUCAAGAAAAUUUGCCACAGUUCUUUCAAGGAGCCACCAAGUUCGAAAUAAACAUUUGCUUUCUUUGGAGCGCAUUUUUGAAGCGAUGGGACCUAUUGGACGGCUUUUUGGCAUUGGGGGCUCAACUGAACUACUUCGAACCAAGUCAAGGACUAGGACCCUUGCAUUUGGCCUCCUUCAGUGGGUGUAUAGCUAGCACCCAGUUCCUAAUAACCAAAGGGGCAGAUGUAAACGCUUGCUUUAAGUGUUACACGCCUUUGCAUUGCGCUGCUUUCGGUGAUAGUUCGGAAACUGCUAUGAUCCUUCUAAAUAAUGGCGCCAGACUUAGCGCCCUUACCGCCAAUCCAAACAUGAGUCACGAAAGUGUCUUGCAUUGUGCCGUACGCGCGAAUGCCAUAGGGUGUGUACGACUUUUUACGGCCGAAGGUGCUGACGUGGGACAAGUGGAACAUUCAGGGAUGUCCCCCAUUCAUUUGGCAGCAGAUUUGGGACAUGCACAGUGUCUCGGCAUAAUGCUCGAAAUAAAAGGGAUAAAUAUAAAUGCCCGAGCCAAAGGGAGGGAUAUGACUGCGCUUCAUCUUGCGGCCGAAGGGGGUUAUGUGGAAUGUAUUGAAAUGCUGUUGGGUAAAGGGGCCGAUGCCAAUUUGAGAAAUCACAGGGGGCAAACGGCUCUUCAUUUAGCCGCCAGGGCUCAAUCGUUGGAUGCUGUCGAAUUACUUCUUCGCAAAGGUAAUGCAAACCCUAACAUCGCGGAUUUCGACAAGAGAACUCCGCUUCAUGCAGCAGUCGGAAAAAAUGCCAAAUCACAUGACACCAUCGAAGUCCUGGUUGCCUGGGGUGCAGACGUGAACGUUAAAGAUCAAUAUGGUUACACCCCUCUACACGUAGCAGCUCUGAACGAACUGUCCCAAUGCGUUGAGGUUUUGAUAUACCACGGAGCCGACGUUACGAUGAAAUCCAAAUUUGGCAUGACCGCACUUGGUAUUAUGACCAGGAAAACACCCGCAUCCUUGGCCAUGAUAAGUCAAAAGCUGGAUUCCGCCAUAACUUUACAUCAUCACGCCGAAUCGCCCAACCGAGAGGUGGAGAUGAGACUAGACUUCAGGUGCAUCCUUCAGCACUGCUACCCGAGGGAAAUCAGCUUCCUGAACACGUUCGUUGACGAAGGGCAAAAAGAAAUACUUCUACAUCCUCUGUGUUCCGCAUUCUUAUACUUGAAAUGGGAAAAAAUCCGCAAAUAUUACAUUGCGAGGAUGUUCUUUUGUUUUAUUUUCGUCCUCGGACUGUCCUUGUACGUCCUAACCGCUUUGGCUCAUAACUGUUACAACCAUGGUAAAAAUAUGAACGACACCGAUCCAGAUCCUAUCGAACUAUGCGAGAAAAAAUCGAUGAUGGGACACAUGUUACGAAGCAAUCCUUUCGUAAUCGAAAUGCAGUGGUUCGUUCUGGUAGGAAUAACCGCGUGCGAAAUAUUAAGAAAAAUGUACGGUUUGGCCGGCUAUCCUAGUUUGAAGCAGUAUUUAUCGUAUCCCGAAAACAUAAUCGAAUGGUUCGUAAUCGUUAGUGUUUUCGUAAUUUCUUUCGUUUACACGGGACGCACAUAUAUGUGGCAAAACCAUAUCGGUGCCUUCGCGGUACUCUUGGGCUGGACCAAUUUAAUGUUAAUGAUAGGUCAACUGCCAAUUUUCGGUUCUUACAUCGCCAUGUAUACCAGAGUUCUCGGUGAAUUCGCUAAACUUCUUUUGGCCUAUUCAUGUCUACUUAUAGGAUUCGGGAUAAGUUUUUGCGUAAUUUUUCCGGAUUCGUCCUUCUUCGCUAAUCCAUUCAUAGGUCUCAUCACGGUUUUAGUUAUGAUGACCGGAGAAAUAGAACUGGGAUUGUUGGUUGACGACGAAGAUUCGCCGUUUCUAUUAGAAAUAAGCGCCCAAAUAACAUUCGUUUUAUUUCUUCUCUUUGUUACGGUGAUCUUAAUGAAUUUACUUGUAGGCAUUGCUGUCCAUGAUAUAAGAGGUUUACAAAAAACGGCAGGCCUAUCCAAAUUAGUCAGGCAAACGAAACUUAUUUCAUACAUAGAACUGGCCUUGUUCAACGACUAUUUACCGAAGUAUUUGUUAAAUUUGUUGCACUGGACAGCACUGGUCUCUCCGAAAGCUUACAGAGUCGUUCUGAACGUUAAACCUUUAAAUCCAAGAGAAAAAAGAUUACCCAACGAUAUACUGAUGGCGGCUUACGAAAUAGCCAAGAAAAGAAAACAACAUGGUCAUACCAUAUCCCCUGGAAACAACGCAACGUCGUUCGUUUCGAAAAAAUGGAUAAACAACAAUUCGGACGAGAACAGCGACAUUGUAGAACAUUCCAAUAAUUGCAACAGUAUGCAGAACAUGCUGGAUCGAAAUGCGGACCAAAUAGAAAAUCUAAGCGCACAAGUGAACGAAUUAAAACAAGCCGUUUCCAAUACGCACAGAAUGAUGGAACAGUUACUUCUAGUUGUAAAGCAACAACACAAAACAAAAAGUUAAGAAAUUUCAUGUUUUAUUCAAUAAAUCAAUACCUAUCUAACAUGCACUUACAUGAUGUUUAUUUGUUUUACAUUGGUUAACUCUAUGUUUAUUACCAUUUUUAUUCAUUUUUACCAAUUCCGAAUAACGUACCCCUAUACCUAUCAUUAAUUACAUUCGAAAUUCGAUUUUCUUUUUUUUUUUCUUUUACGUAUGUAUAAGCAAAAUGUUAGCUUUAUAACACAAUUGUAAUUGUAGAUUACGUAGAUGUUAUUUUUAUAAUAGAGCACUUUUCAUCAAUUGUGUGAUAUAAGAAAUAUUUUGUAAAACGUGUAGUUGAUUAAGUGCACCAAAAUAUAAAUAAUAUUAAAUUGAAAAAUAAAAAUACUUGGUAGAG